AAACCACUUUCAGGUGAUUGAUCGCAUUUUUAUUACAACUAAAACUGAAACUUAUCGCGGAAAUAAAGCACUACAAGUUAUUAAUAGCAAAACAGCUCAAUUUCAACUAUGUAUUAUUAUUACACACCGAAAUCCGGAGUUGUCGAAACAUAACAAGACGAUUAUGUUCUGUUAUUGUUUUUAUCCUUGUCUUGUAUACUAAAAUUGCUGUGACGUAACCGAAAAAAGUUAAUUUUUCGAAAAAACGCCGGAAAAGUGAGGUUAUAUGAACUUCGCGAUGUUGGAAUCUCAAGAUUUGAAACUUUUUUCCAUUGAUUUCUGGUAUGAGAAAUUCAAAAAUGUAGCGCUUAAAGCAAUUUUAAUCGAAAUCCCGCCGGUUUUGUUACAAAAACUUCAAUCAGAUGAGUCUGAUGUAAACAUUGAAGAGAUCUGUUCACACGAGUUUGUGGAUGAGGUAAAAAAUGCCAUUAACGCAUUAGAUAGGAAUGUUUUUGUUAAAAAUAACUGGCAUGCGCCUAUGGAUGCGAAAAUGUUCAGUUUUGGGAAUCAAUUAAAAGUGACGAAUUUGGAUGACUUGUCAUUAUUCCUCUCCGCCUCAAAUAUCAUUUCUGAGGAUUUUUCAACGCAAAGUAAUAUUCCUUUUUAUAUAGCUUUAAAGCCAUGGAAAAGUAUUCACCCCGCGAGUGAAUUCCGUUGCAUUGUCAUCAACAAAGUCUUAAGAGGUAUAACACCGAGGGAUUGGCCAACUUAUUACGCUCAUUUCAAAGAUGAGGGGCCUCUAAUUAUUGAGACUCUCACUAAUUUUUAUAAGGAAAAUAUUGCUGAUGUGUUCCCGAAAAGACACUACACUUUUGAUGUCAUAAUAUCAUUUCCGGACCAACCAUGUAUUAUCGAUUUUGGACCAUUAAAUAACAAAACUAAUUUGUAUGCAUUUUCGUGGAAAGAAAUUUCACCUCUUUUUGAUAAGGAAGUACCAGACGAAGUGGCCCCAAUUUUCAGAUAUUUGGACUCUGAUAUCGGGAUUAUGACCCGAACAGAUGCAAUUUAUAAAUUCGCAAAUGCAUUUACUUAAUUUUGUAUUUUUUUAAUUGAAAUAAAUUUUUCUCUUGAA